ACACUGCGGGUCACGUGUGUCCCUUCGAAGCUUCCGUAGUUAGUCACAUGAGUUCGCAGAUUGUUUGCAGCAGCAGCUGAUUCGAAGCUGUCAUAGAUCAGUGACAAAUCUCUCAGAGUGAUAUAAAAGAUGAUUUUAUGUGAACGUUUCCGAACAUCGACAGUGAUUUGACUCCUUUAUCCGCUCUAACUGUAGAGUUUUUAGAUCAAAAGCAGAACCGGAGCAAAACAUUGUAUCAGACGCGACGCGUGACGCGUCCUGUCAAUCAAAUCUCGCUACAAUGUUUCGAUGUGUUACAGUUGUAAAUAUAUCACAGUAGAGAUUCAGUUGAGGAGACUGAUUUUGUGUUUUAAUUAAUAAAGAGUAUCAACAGAACGCAGCGCGCGUCUCUGUCAGGCGGUUUCGCAACAUGCAGCUACACUGAUUUGUCUUAUUAUUUAUUUGCAUGUAAAAUCAGUGGCUCUUUUUAAAGGACCAACAUGCUGCGAUGGAUUUUGGGGGGUCGAGAGGCUCAGGGGACAGUGGAGAAGAGCGCGGCGCUGUUCAUUGGCGAGGAACAGCCCAAAAACUGUUUCACGGAGAUGCAGGUGCUGAAAGGACACUUUGACAUUGUUCGAUUUCUGGUGCAGAUUGAUGACUUAAGGUUUGCAUCUGCAGGAGACGACGGUCUGGUGCUGAUUUGGAAUGUUGAGACUGGUGAAUGUUUGUUGGAGUUGCGCGGCCAUACGCAGCAGAUCACUGCAAUGACAUCAUAUACCUUCAUCAGAGGCGGAACCGCACACACGGCGCUCAUCACAGCCUCAUCAGACCGAACACUCAGUUUAUGGGAUCCAGAUUCAGGAAACCGAGUGCAGAAUAUAUCUGAUCUCCAGUCCUCUGUGAAGUGUUUGCUGGUGUUGGAUCGGUUGAACGUUUGGCUCUCGGGAGGAAAUGAACUGUGUGUUUGGAACAGAGACUUUGAGCUGCAGUGUAAAAUGGUUCAUCACAGUGAUGCAGGAAUCUCAGCCAUGGUGGAGUUACCGAAGAACUUCAUUGCAGCUGCCAUGGAUAAAGAGAUUGUGAUUUUUAAGUUGAACAUGUCUGGCUCAGACAUUGCGGUUAUGGCCAUGCGUCAUCUAGCUGACCAUCACGACACCAUCCAUUCUCUCAUCAACAUCAACGACGGCUUGUUUGCGAGUGGCUCUCAUAUCGGUGAGCUCAUCAUCUGGGAUUCAGUUGAUUGGACGAUCCAGGCUUAUGAGCUCAUUCUGUGGGAGGAGCCAGCAGGAGAAAGCCAAUCGGAGGUCAGACUGACUCACCAGAAACAGAUCGAGAGGUCGAUUCAACACAUGAGCUCAGAUGGAGAGUUUAUAGUGGCAGCUGUAGGCAGUGGUCUGUUUGUUUAUAAUGUGCCGAUGAAGAGUGUGGUGGCGUACAGGAAGAUGGCCCACGAUUCGAAUGUCUUGCACACCAUGCUGCAGGAGGACGGGCACUUGAUGUCGUGCUCCGAGGACGGUAGUGUGAGAAUGUGGGAGUUACAGGACCUCCCCCUCCCUGCUGAACCCGCCUCCUCAGGGUUUUUUGGCAUGUUUGGCACUUUUGGCAGGUCCAGUAAGCAGUCAUGCCCUCCUGCCAAAAAAAUCCCAGAAGUCCCUGGUCUGCGCUCACUGGAACUGACCGGUGAUCUGAUUGGUCACUCUGGAGCUGUGCAGAUGUUUCUGAGUUUUAAGGAGAAGGGUCUGGUCACCUGCUCCACGGAUCACCUGCUCAUCGUGUGGAAGGAUGGAGAGCUGCAGUCUCAACUCCGCAGUCUCGCCGUCUUCCAGAAACUGGAGGAAAACCAGGAACUGUGAUCUAAGCCGCAAAAGGUUGUGUUUUAAAUAUGAACACCUUUCUUUGCCUUACUAAACAUUUGCAAAGCCGCAUCACAUCAAUGUUUUAACUUUGAUUGUUUCAGUAUGAUAAAAUGCGUACAAUGUUGUGAUUUUAAUUUGUUGGUUUUAUGAGUGGCUGUUAAAUCUGUUGAUUUGUAUAUAUUGUGUGAUUGAUGUGAGUUUGUCAUUUUAAAACUGAAUUUUUAAAAGUGCAAUGAUGACAAUAAAGUCUUAUUUGUUAACGUUAGUUAAUUCGGAACUAAUGAGGAUCUUUUUGUUACCGCAUGUAUUAACCUUUGUUAAUGUUAGUUAAUAUAAAUAGUUGUUCAUGUUAGUUCACAGUGCAUGAACUGAUGCAUACAACUUUUGAUUUGAAUGUAUUAGUAAAUGUUGAAAUACGCAGAAUUGCUCAUUUUUGGUUGAUGUUAUUGAAUCUAGAUAACUUAAAUGAAAGCAAAAUAGUGUUUUCAGUGUGAUUCUUGAACGUAUGCUUCCUUUUUGACGAAAGCGCAGUUGAUUAAAGCUUGGCGUGUCCAAGUAAAUUCA